AUGCCAGAUGUGCAACGGUCGGGUGCGGGUACCGAGCGGGGGAGCGGCCAAGGGGACCCGCCCGUGCCUUCGCCGCCGCCCGACAGCCGCAGCGCAUACCAUGUAGAACGCGCGAGCGGCCACGUUCGAAGCGCCCGGCCUGGAGAGUAUGUCAUGUCGCUGCCGGCCGAGGUGACGCUGCGCCAUUACCAACUAUGGCGCCAGUUUAUCUUAUCGAAAAAACCGUUCGUUGAGUUUGCCGUGGAGCAGAAAGGUGGCAUGAAAACCGUUGAACUUACAGUUGUGGGUCGUGAGCGGAAAGGCCUCCUCGCAGAGCUCUCGGAUAAACUCAGAGACUAUGGGUUUAACAUUGUAGCGGCGAAGCUUUUCUCGCUACCGUCUGACUCUAUUAUGGACAUCUUUCGGCUCGAUGAUGCUGACGGAGUGCUAGAGGAUGAUGCACGAGCCUCGCAGCUUUACGAUGAACUCAUGCGUGUCCUGACUGGUGAGUCACGGGCAGCAGAGCCUGUGUCGAGCGCGCGAGGCGCAGCGCCUCGAGGCAGCAGCCGCGAAACGGUACCAGUGCCACCAGCAUUGUCCAGCACUGCGCCUGCUGGCAACGAGGAUAUUCCAAAGGCACCGCCAGCACGCAUGGCCGCCGCCGCUGCGAUUGCAAAUGCCGAAGGGCGACUCGCCGCCGCCUCGGGUGUCGAGCGAUCGCUCUCGAAUAUCGCGCUGUCGGAUCUUGAGCAGCGUGCGCGGGAGGUUGCCGAUCGACGCUACCUCGAAGCACGCCGCGAUGCCGAUCGGGAAUUUCUCCGCCACGGCAGCGUCCUCUACCGAUACUCGUUCUCAUCGGGGAAACGACGCCGGGAACACGUGUAUGUGGAUAUCGAGAGCCGCGAACUGCGAUGGUCGAGCACCAUUGCGGGGCACUCAAGCGCUGGCGACACGCAGUUCCGCACAGAAGCCCAAGAAUCCGCUAUGAAUCGCCCCGAAAAGCCCAUUCGCAUUCAUUCCGUGAGCUUGGACACGUGCGAACGGAUCUUACACGGGCCGCAAAGCACAGUCUUUGCUACACUGGGCCCUGAUCGCAUUCCCGACCCUGACUGGCUUUGUUUCAGUUUGGUCCUGAACGAGCGCACUGUCGAUAUGGCCGCAAUCACCGAAGAUGAACUCAUGGCCUGGAUUUUUGGCCUGCAGAACCUCUGUGAGCGGAUCCGACCCGCUGAUCGUCUGACUCGUCAUGCUGUGCUUGUCAAUCGAGCGCGCAUGAAAAUUCGUUGGAUCGCUCAUGAGCACAACAUGACAAGACGAGCUUUCCUGCUGCGCAACUUACGUUGCCAUGGCCUGCGUCUGCGCGCCGAAGAAAACAGCGUCGAGUCCGGCCUAGUUUUUGCGCCGCAGCGGCCACUGGCGACUGCGGAUGGCAGCGUUCGGGGUGCCGCUGGGGCGGGCCCUGCACCCGACACCCAGGUAACGCUUCAGGUGGCGACGCAGGCACGAACCAUUGGUCCGGUAACCGAGUCAAAUCCUAUGCUCUCCGAGCGAGACGCAGGUCCGAAUGCAUCGGUAACGGAACUCGCGGAACUCGUACGCCGAUUGCGCAACGAACUUGAGGUGUCCAAGGAUCGCAUCAAAGUUCUCAAAACAAAACUUCGCGAUACCCAAAAGACUUGGGAGAUUGAUUUUGCUGAGAUUAAGCUGCAGGAGAAAAUCGGAUCGGGCGCGUUCAGCGAGCUAUACAAAGCAGAAUGGCGAGCCAGCAUCGUGGCGGCAAAAGUGAUAUCCGUCGAGAAGGGUGCAGAGUCCGUGAUUCAGAGCUUUUGUGAAGAGGUCAAUGUGAUGAGCAAGCUUCGGCACAGCAACAUCCUGCUUUUUCUGGGUGCGGUUCCACGGAUUCCGCGUCUCGCGAUCAUCACAGAGUUCUGCUUUGGUGGCAGCGUUUACCAGGCGAUUCGGUUGCCUGCGUGGCGGCGUCUGCAGCACGCGGAUCUGGUGGCGCUGGCUCGUGAUACAGCCCGCGGCAUGGCGUACUUGCACGCGUGUGGCCUCAUUCACCGCGAUCUGAAAUCGCAGAACCUUCUGUUGGACAAACCACUGAGUCUAGGUCGUCCAACGGUGAAAGUUGCCGACUUUGGUCUGGCGAGGUCGUUGGCAACUGCGGCCUCCGAAUCCAGUGCAUCCACGUCGUCGUCGGCGGCGGGCGUGAUGACCGCGGAGACCGGCACCUAUCGUUGGAUGGCCCCGGAGAUGAUUCGCCACGAGCGCUACACCGAGAAAGUGGAUGUGUAUAGUUUCGGUAUCACGAUUUGGGAGUUUUUCACAGCCGAAAUUCCGUAUGCGACGAUGACACCUAUCCAGGCGGCCUUUGCAGUGGCCGACAAGGGUGCCCGACCGCCGCUGCGCUCGGGACCAGACUCGAAGAGCGCCUGGAGAAUCCCGAGCCAAUGGGCGCAGCUGAUGGAGCAGUGCUGGAAAGAGCACUACAGCGAGAGGCCCUCGUUCCAGCAAAUUGUGGAAUGGUUGAACAAAAUGGAGAACGAAGAUCCUCGCUAUCCAUCGCGUUGGCUGAGCACCAGCACGAGUACCGAUCGUACGCCGCAAGUCUGA